CACAGUUUCACCCCUCCCAGGCUGUAACAUCUGCAGGCUGAUGAUGCUGAGCAGUCUGCUGGCAUUUGGUGAUCCCCAGCAGUUGAUGCCGGCGGGCUCUCUCCGUAGAAAGAAGCUGGCCAAAAGGCCUGGCUACAUGAGGCCAGAGGCUCAGCAGCAGAUCGAGUUCCAGUCCCCAGGUGCCUGUGCAGCGUCCAGCCCAGCAGAGCUCCCGCACGCCAGGCAGCACUGUGGAGGCUCUGAGGGAUCUGCUCUGCUCAGACAGUGCCAAAAUGACCUGGAAUUCCUGCACUGUGGUGCUGUAGCUCCUGCUAAUGGGGUGACAACCUUGGCCACUACUGGAAGCACUCCAGGAUGCUGUGAAAAUCUUUCUUGCUGCACUAGUCCACAGUCAGACACCACACGGAUAGGGGUCUGCCCUGCUGCCACAACAGGCAGAGGAGAUGUUUCUGCUGUGUGCUCUACGUGGCAGAAAAGCUGCAGCACCAAAGUGAGCAAGCCCCCAAACAUGUAUGCUUUGGAUCAGACAGAAAUGAAUAACAACUGUGAAUAUCAAAACAGAGAUGGUAUUUCUCAUUCUGCUGGUGCACAGGAUAGCUUUAGAUCAAGUUUCAGUUUCAUACAGCUCUCCCUGAACUCGGCCUCUGGAGUAAAUGAUGUGGAAGGCAAAUCUAUUGAGGAAACUGAGAUCGUUCUGCAUCCCAAAACCACAGGCAAUCUGCAGAAGCUAGAAGAGAUGGCACAUGGGCACUUGGGAGAUUUGUGUUGCUCCUCCAGUUCUGGUGAAGAUAUGCAGCAUGAACAUUCCUCGGAUGCAGCAUCUGCAGGCUCUUCUGUCACCUCAGGCUAUGAAAGCAGCUUUACUGUCAGUGACCAUAACUGGGAUACUUUGAUGAAAAAAUAUGAACCAGUGCUACAGGAUUGCUUGCUUGGCAACCGCAGUACGUUAAAGUUAAAGUCCUUGAUCUUACGGCUUCAGAGGCUUCAGGAAAAAGCAAUAGAGGAAGAUGACUAUGAUAGAGGUGAGAAUUGCUCCUCCCUACUCCCC